AUGGCAUCCUGUUCAGUUGCUUCAAAGGAAGCUAUGCCGAAUUGGCUUGCACUUCCAAGAGACAUCACAUCAAACAUUCUUCAGAGGCUUGAUACUAUCGAAAUUGUGACUAGUGUACGUUUUGUGUGUCCUAUUUGGUGGAACAUUUUCAAAGAUCCUCUCAUGUGGCGCACUAUUUGGUUUACCAAGUUUGGAAAUUUUUAUGAGGAGGAGGCGAUGGAGAUUUGUCAUUAUGCUAUUAAACAAAGUUGCGGUCACUUAGAAAACAUUUUCAUCGAUGAUUUUGCCACCGAUGAUCUCCUUAAAUUCAUAGCUGACAAUGCUGGUAAUCUCCGAGGUCUCAGGCUUGUAAAUUGCCGUGGAAUUUCAAAUGAAGGUUUCAGUCAAGCUGUAAAAAAAAUGCCGUUGCUAGAGGGACUCAACAUUUCACUCUGCUACUUAUCCAAAGAUUCUCUCGAAGUUGUUGGCCAAUGUUGCCCUCUUUUAACAGUUCUCAUACAUGUGAGAUCAUGGAGUAAAUAUAGGUUGUGUGAUAUUGAUGAUGACCAAGCAUUUGUUAUUGCAAAAACAAUGUUUGGGCUCCGUCGUCUUGAUAUUAGAGGGAGUCCGCUCUCUAAUGCCGGAUUGCUUGCUAUUCUUGGUGGUUGUCCUCGUCUUGAGUUUCUUGAUAUUCGAGGAUGCUGUAAUCUUCAAUUGGAUGAAAGUUUGAAGAAAAAGUGCAUGGAUCUGAUUAAAGAUUUGCGACUCCCAGAGCCAGUGCUUUAUGAUGACUAUUCUGAUGAGGAUCACGUAACUUAUUGGGAUUCUGUAAUAGAUGAUGAUUCUUACGAUCCUAAUGAUUGA